UCCGGGCGCUGCUUCCGGGUGGGGCCCCGGGCGGAGGAGAUGGCGCCGUGGGCGCUCCUCAGCCCAGGGGUCCUGGUGCGGACCGGGCACACUGUGCUGACCUGGGGGAUCACGCUGGUGCUCUUCCUGCACGAUACCGCUCUGCGGCAGUGGGAGGAGCAGGGGGAGCUGCUCCUGCCCCUUACCUUCCUGCUCCUCGUGCUGGGUUCCCUGCUGCUCUACCUGGCUGUGUCGCUCAUGGACCCGGGAUAUGUGAAUGUCCAGCCCCAGCCCCAGGAGGAGGUGAAGGAGGAGCAGACGGCCAUGGUUCCUCAAGCCAUCCCCCUUCGGCGCUGCAGAUACUGCCUGGUGCUGCAGCCCCUGCGGGCCCGGCACUGCCGCGAAUGCCGGCGCUGCGUGCGCCGCUAUGACCACCACUGCCCCUGGAUGGAGAACUGCGUGGGGGAGCGCAACCACCCGCUCUUCGUGGCCUACUUGGCGCUGCAGCUGGUGGUGCUUCUGUGGAGCCUCUACCUGGCCUGCAUCCGUCCCCCAGUAACUCCCCAUCUGUCUCCUGCCGCGCAGGUCUGGCCUCCAUUUCUUCCAGCCUUGGGGGCUGUGGCUGCGCUCCAGCGGGCUGCUGUUCGCCACCUUCCUGCUGCUCUCCCUCUUCUCCUUGGUGGCCAGCCUGCUCCUCGCCUCGCACCUCUACCUGGUGGCCGGCAACACCACCACCUGGGAGCUCAUCUCCUCGCACCGCAUUGCCUAUCUCCGCCAGCGCUCCAGCAACCCCUUCGACCGCGGCCUGACCCGCAACCUGGCCCACUUCUUCUGCGGAUGGCCCUCAGGGUCCUGGGAGACCCUCUGGGCUGAGGGAGAGGAGGAGGAGGAGGAAGGCAGAAGCCAGGCUGUGUAGGGUCCCUGAAGGCAAGGCCACCAUCUUGUGCCUGAAAACCAGAGGGGAUGCAGCCCGCUGGGGUCGGCCCUCAGAGGGCCCUGAGGUCCUUUGCUCCUGCCUGCUCCUCCGAGGCCUCAGAGCAGAGCUGAGCAACAGAACCCUGUGUCAGUGGGCAGGUCUGCCCUGUAAAGGAAGAAUGGGAGGCAGAGGACGUGUCGGGGGGUGGUCAGGCACCAGAGACCUGGGCUUCGGAGACCUCUACCCCGCCCCCCACGCCAGGAUGCUUCCAGUGCACAGUUUUAUAAGUUUAAUAAUCUAUAAAGCAAGUCAAGUAUUAAAAAAAACAACUGCUCUUU